UAGCAAACUCCCACCACCGUCGUUCAUCAUCAAUCUUCCGUCACCGUCGUUCACCAUCAACAACACCGUCGUUCACCAAAUCAACACCACCGUCAUUCACCAUCAUCAUCACCACCGUCGUUUUUCAUCAACAUCAUCAUCAUCCUUCGCAUUUUCAUCCUUCGCCAUAACCGUCACCGAAACCAAACGCUCACAACCUCGCCGGAAACCGUCACUGUGUUUGCCUUCAUCAGUCGGAAACCGAAACCAAACGCUCAAAACCUCGCUGGAAACCGUUGUUGUGUUUGUCUUCAUCACCGGCGCUGUCUUCAUCACCGGAACUCCGUUUUCGCAAAAUGAUGAAAAAAAAACAGGUUAACAAAUCUAACGACGGGCCAAUUCCAAACUUCAGUAUUGGACUGACGCAAUUAGAGCAGGAGCAAGCAUCUGAUGACGAUAAUGGAAAAAAAAGGGUAAAAGGAUGGAAAAGAAGACGAAUCAGAUAAACCGUGGGAAAAGGAAACAACAAUCUGAUGACAAAAAUGCAAAGAAGAGUGGUAAAAAGAUGAAAAAGAAGCCGGAUCAGAAAAAACAACAAUCUGCUGGAGAAGAAUCUGAUGAAAAGAAGGUUAACAAAUCUGAUGAAGCAAGUUCUGAUGAGGAACAUGGAAAGAAAAACUUGGAUUUAGAGCAACGAUUGAGGCACAAGCUUAGCAUACCUAAGGUCUAUGACCUUAUGAAGUCAAUAGAUGGAAAAAGAAGAAAAGAUCAGAUAAUUCAACUUUUGAAUGAGAGUGGGUUUGGAGGAAUGGUUCAUAUAUGCAAAUGGACAAAAAUCCACACAUUCUUUGUGGAAUGGGUUGUCAGACACUUUGAAAAGGAGAAUAUGUGGAUAAGACUGAGCAAGACGGAUGUGCUCCCAUUGAAAGAAGAAGAUGUGCACAGAGUGUAUCAUCUCCCAAUGGCGGGGGAGCAGAUCAACAUUAAACUUUGCUCAGAAGCAGCAAUUAAGAGACUCAGGGUAGAGUUAGGAUUGGAUGGUGAUUAUUCUCCAUUUGUCAAGGCGACAGAGUUGGAGAUAAGACUGAAGAAAAUGGAGAAACCAAAGGCAUGGGUAAAGGGUGCAAUUUGUCUUAUAAUUCACAACAUGUUGUGCCCCAAUAACAGCAGCUUAGUUUCUCUACAUUAUGCUCAAGUAUUAAAAGAGGCUUCAUCUUAUAACUGGUGCUCCCAUGUUCUCCAAUAUAUGAAAGACGGAUUGCAAAAUCCGGAAGUGGCAAAUCCAUUAGCGGACUUCCACUUCCUAAUGAUUAAUUACAUGGAGAAAAUGGGAAAGAGAAGCCCAUUCCUUACAGGAAAAUACAAGCAGCCAUCGCUUCGUGACUAGGAUGUCAAGUCGGCAAACCAAGACCUUCAGAAGGUGCAUGAGCUUAUGGGACUGGAUAAAGGAUUGACAGUUGGGGUCAAAAGACUGCAGAACACCGAUGAUGGUCUGCUUGUAAUGUGUUUUGAUGCAGAAACAUGUCCACUAUCUAAGGCAGAGGAGCAUCUAAAUUAUUGUAGGGGUUGCAUACGGGUCUACACUAGAACCGCCGAAACCUUGCAGAGGAGAAUAGCUGAGGCAAAUGCUUCUACUUCUGCAAAGAAUGACAUAGUUUCAG